CCGCUAUGGCCCCGUUAGACCCCCGCGGGGGCGGGGCUCUGACGCACUUCCGGCUGCGCCGGCCGCGGGGUGCGUCGAGGUGUCCGAGCGCUUCGAGCGGUUUCAAAUCCGGUUUAACGUGUAGCCCUGAAGAACCAGAAACCCAAAGGAACCGAUACUGCUGCUCCACAGAGUCCCACCUGUAGUGAGGCUGUUUCUGGAAUCGGUGCGAUGACCAAGGUUUUGGGCACGGCUGCAGUUCGGGGCCCUCGGCCUCCACGGGAGAGGGGGCCUCUGGUGGUUAAAGAUGAGGACGAAGAGGAAAGGCAGAGCCUUCCUAGUCUGGAGGUGUUCCGCCAGCGCUUCCGGCAGUUUGGCUACCAUGACACACCUGGUCCCCGGGAGGCCCUGAGCCAGCUCCGGGUGCUGUGCUGCGAGUGGCUGAGGCCCGAGAUCCACACCAAGGAGCAGAUCCUGGAGCUGCUGGUGCUGGAGCAGUUCCUGACCAUCCUGCCCCAGGAGCUCCAGGCCUGGGUGCAGGAGCACUGCCCGGAGAGCGCCGAAGAGGCCGUCACUCUCUUAGAGGAUCUGGAGCAGGAACUGGACGAGCCAGCACAGCAGAUCGUAACUCGAACACCCAGAAUGAGGACUCCAUAGAUGAGCAGAAAAGUUCUGAAGAGUCUCAGGAACUCAAAAGGGAGGUUACUCCCAUGGUCGUUGCCAGUAAAUGUGAGGCCAGGUUAGAAAGGCAGUGGGCAAACCU